AUGACAUCACUGUGCGAUUGCGAAACUCCCAUGGAAUCUCUACCAAUAGAUGAUAGCACUUAUGUGAGACGCAUUGGAUUCCAGCAUGUUGCGCUUCAAGCGCUUGAAAAUGACAAAGCUGCCAUUCUUCUCCCUCUCUAUCUCCCCGUAGCGCUGAAGCAAGUUCAGAUCUACCUACCGCCCAUAUCAUUGAUUUUCGCUGUGGGGCGCCAUCCUGUGACCGCCGACUGA